AUGGUCAAGGCCGUCGCUGUCGUCCGUGGUGACUCCAAGGUCACCGGAACCGUCACCUUCGAGCAGGCCUCCGAGUCUGACCCUACCACCAUCUCAUGGGACAUCACCGGCAACGAUGCCAACGCUGAGCGUGGCAUGCACAUCCACACCUUCGGUGACAACACCAACGGCUGCACCUCUGCCGGCCCCCACUUCAACCCUCACAGCCAGACCCACGGUGCUCCCUCUGACGAGAAGCGCCACGUCGGUGACCUGGGCAACGUCAAGACUGACGGCCAGGGCAACGCCAAGGGCUCCGUCACUGACAAGCUCAUCAAGCUGAUCGGACCUCACAGCAUCAUUGGCCGAACCGUCGUCGUCCACUCCGGCACCGACGAUCUCGGCAAGGGUGGCAACGAGGAGUCCCUGAAGACCGGUAACGCCGGCACCCGCCCUGCUUGCGGUGUCAUUGGUAUCUCCAACUAA